AUGGACUUCUACGGUAUGACAGGCGAGAAAUUGGGGACGAUUGGACAGGUCGAAGGGAAAAGUCCACGACAGGGAAACCUACCCCAGUGGAAGAAAGACUUCCUGGAAAAGCCUUCGGUAUCAAUACGUAAAGGUAUUGCCUGGGGCUUUUCAUCUCCCUAUGAAGAUACCUCUACAUUGGUUCUCACCUCUCCAAAAUCUGAUUUUGUCGAUAUCCGAUUUCCCGUCCAACCCGACCCUUCGAAGCCUCUAGCUUCGGAUCCCGCCUUUUGGGCAUUCUCUGGGUCCGCAACUACAACUUUUGAUCCAGACACCUCUGAGAUUACGAUGCCGUAUUCGGCACAUUGCGUAUGGAAGCAUGAUAUCGAUUCCAAAGGACCGGGUACUACCGACGAAGGUGACAUGUUCCUCCUCCCCAAUGGUGACUGCAUGGAGAUCGGGAUGAUGGAGAACCACAAGACGAGAAAGGUAGAGAUGUACAAAGAAUACUGGUCAUCACCAGCGUCGGAGUUGGGGUCUGGAGGUCUUCGCAAAACGCCUUGUGUGGUCGCGAAGACGCGAGAGCUGGUGGAUCAAGGAAGAGCCCCACAAACUGGGAGCGGAGUCAUUAUUCGUGUCGGAGACUAUUGUCAAGGCAUUGUACAGCAAAGCCGGCAGGAUGGAACGCCGGGGGUGCUGGUCGAACGUUGGACCAAGUGUCUUGUUGAGAAGAAUCCUGCCCUCUCCGACCAGUCGGACGUGAGCGAGACAACCGCAGCCGAAUGGCUUAAAGAUUGGCGUAGCAAUACUUCUCCUGACGACCAGGUCGAGGUUGCAAUACCAUGUAUGUGGGCUUGCGGCGACAACAGGAAGGUCGGCGAUGAGAUCGUGGUACAUGCAAUCACAUGGAGGAUUACGGAAGUGGUUCUUUGA